AAAUGCAGAUAGCUUCUUUGUACCGAGAGUUGCGCAAAUGAUCUAAUCUGCAAAUCAAUCAUAUAGUGACAAUAUAAUUUUCGCAAAUCUGCAGUUUGGUAAAACCAAAGACGUUUAACACUGAUCACAGAUCAGUUUUUAUUAAAGGAAAUACCGCAGUGCGUUCAGGGACAGCAGAAAGCAGAGAGAGGUCAGAGAAAUGCAAGAUGUCGGUCGUUUGUCUAUCGUCUUUGGGUCGCUGUAGUACGGUGGCAUUCCGUUCUUCCACUGGAAUGGUGGCAGUUUGGUACGCCCAGACAGCAGCACCCACAGCACCCCAGCCCAGAGUCAAGAAGUUCCAGGUGUACCGCUGGGACCCAGACACGGUGGGGGAUAAGCCCCGCAUGCAGACCUUUGAGAUUGAUCUCAACACCUGUGGCCCCAUGGUAUUGGACGCCCUCAUCAAGAUGAAGAACGAGAUGGACGGCACUCUGACCUUCCGUCGCUCCUGCAGAGAGGGUAUCUGUGGAUCCUGUGCAAUGAACAUCAAUGGAGGCAACACACUGGCCUGUCUGAACAAGAUUGACACCAACACCAGCAAGGCUACCAAGAUCUACCCUUUGCCACACAUGUAUGUGGUCAAAGAUCUGGUCCCUGACAUGAGUAAUUUCUAUGCUCAGUACAAGUCAAUCGAGCCCUACCUGAAGAAGAAGGAUGAGACAAAUGAGGGAAAGGAACAGUACCAUCAGACUGUGGAGGACAGACAAAAACUGGACGGGCUGUAUGAAUGUAUUCUGUGUGCGUGCUGCAGCACCAGCUGCCCCAGCUACUGGUGGAAUGGAGACAAGUACCUGGGACCUGCUGUCCUUAUGCAGGCCUACCGUUGGAUGAUCGACUCGAGAGACGAGUUCACAGAGGAGCGUCUCUCCAAGCUGCAGGAUCCUUUCUCUCUCUACCGCUGUCACACCAUCAUGAACUGCACUAAGACCUGCCCCAAGGGCCUGAACCCAGGGAAGGCGAUUGCAGAGAUUAAGAAGAUGAUGGCCACUUACAAGGAGAAGAAAUCAGCUGUUGCUUGAACUCUGGGGUCAUGACCCUUGACCCCCCCCCCCCCCUCCCUUUACAUUAAUCUACAAUUAAGAUGCCCUACCAGUGAGGUCUACUGGGCCUGCACACUUGUGAACUUCACCAACUCCACACUCCAGCACUACAUCUCUCGAGUCGAUCAUCUAACAGUAGGUCUGGGGCGGCAGGGUAGCCUAGUGGUUAGAGUGUUGGGCUAGUAACCGAAAGGUUGCAAGUUCAAAUCCCCAAGCUGACAAGGUACAAAUCUGUUCUGCCCCUGAACAAGACAGUUAACUCACUGUCAUUGAAAAUAAGAAUUUGUUCUGAACUGACCUAGUUAAAUAAAGGUAUAAUAAAAAAUUUGACUCCAAGGGAACAGUUGGGAGAGAUGUGAGACAUGACCUGUUAACUUCACUAGAAUGAUGGUUCAUUCCCAUUGUUUGGUCUGGUGUGGGUGGGUUUGAGUUCAGAGGGUGAUGGAUUCACAGACAAGAAAUAUGUAUAUCUGUUGCUCAUCCAUCAUAACUAUAUACAGUUGAAGUCGGAAGUUAAUACACCUUGGUCAAAUACAUUUAAACUCUGUUUUUCACAAUUCCUGACAUUUAAUCCUAGUAAAAAUUCCCUGUCUUUGGUUCAGUUAGGAUCACCACUUUAUUUUCAGAAUGUGAAAUGUUAGAAUAAUGGUAGUGAUUUAUUUAAGCUUUUAUUUAUUUCAUCACAUUCCCAGUGGGUCAGAAGUUUACAUACACUCAAUUAGUAUUUGGUAGCAUUGCCUUUAAAUUGUUUCAUUUGGGUAAAAUGUUUUAAGUAGCCUUCAUCAAGCUUCCCACAAUACGUUGGGUGAAUUUUGGUCCAUUCCUCCUGACAGAGCUGGUGUAACGGAGUCAGGUUUGUAGGCCUCCUUGCUCGCACACACUUUUUCAGUUCUGCCCACAAAUUGUCUAUAGGAUUGAGGUCAGGGCUUUGUGAUGGCCACUCCAAUACCUUUACUUUAUUGUCCUUAAGCCAUUUUGCCACAACUUUGGAAGUAUGUUUUGGGCCAUUGUCCAUUUGGGACCAAGCUUUAACUUAUUGACUGAUGUCUUGAGAUAUUGCUUCAGUAUAUCCACAACAUUCCUACCUCAUGAUGCCAUCUAUUUUGUGAAGUGCACCAGUCCCUCCUGCAGCACCCCCACAACAUGAUGCUGCCACCCCCGUGCUUCACGGUUGGGAUGGUGUUCUCCAGCUUGCAAGCCUCCCCAUUUUUCCUCCAAACAUAACUAUGGUCAUUAUGGCCAAACAGUACAAUUUUUGUUUCAUCAGACCAGAGGGCAUUUGUCCAAAAAGUACGAUCUUUGUCCCCAUGUGCAGUUGCAAACCGUAAUCUGUAUUUUUUAUGCGGCUUUGGAGCAGUGGCUUCUUCCUUACUGUGCGGCCUUUGAGGUUAUGUCGAUAUAGGACGUGUUACUGUGGAUAUAGAUACUUUUGUACCUGCUUCCUCCAGCAUCUUCACAAGGUCCUUUGCUGUUGUUCUGGGGUUGAUUUGCACUUUUCAAACUAAAGUAUGUUCAUCUCUAGGAGAGAGAAUGCGUCUCCUUCCUGAGCAGUAUGACGGCUGCGUGGUCCCAUGGUGUUUAUACUUGCGUACUAUUGUUUGUACAGAUGAACGUGGGGAAAUUGCUCCAAAGGAUGAACCAGACUUGUGGAGGUCUUGGCUGGUUUCUUUUGAUUUUCCCAUGAUGUCAAGCAAAGAGGCACUGAGUUUGAAGGUAGGCCUUGAAAUACAUCCACAGGUACACCUCCAAUGGACUCAAAUGAUGUCAAUUAGCCAAUCAGAAGUUUCUAAAGCCAUGACACCAUUUUCUGGAAUUUUCCAAGCUGUUUAAAGGCACAAUCAAUUUAUUGUAUGUAAACUUCAGACCCACUGGAAUUGUGAUUUAAGUUAAAUAAUCUGUCUGUAAACAAUUGUUGGAAAAAUUACUUGUGUCAUGCACAACGUAAAUGUCCUAACCGACUUGCCAAAACUAUAGUUUGUUAACAAGAAAUUUGUGGAGUGGUUGAAAAACGAGUUUAAUUGACUCCAACCUAAGUGUAUAUAAACUACCGACUUCAACUGUGAGUAUAUAUAAAUAUAAACAUAUAUAACGGGAGUCUUUGUUUUAAUGUGUAAUAAAUGUAAUGCUUUAAUGCC